AUGUAUUUAUUUGGAGACAAAAAAUACAGUAAUAAAGAGAAAUCAGGGAGGAACAAUGAGGAUUCACGCCCUUCACAAAAGCUCACCGAGCCGUUGAGCUGGGAAACAUACUUGAGAGAGACUUCAUCCUGUCCUGCUUCCCCCAGCUAUUUCAGACAGUCCAGAGUCCCUCGCAGUAAUGAUUUUAAAGUGGGACUGAAAGUGGAGGCUUGUGACCCGAGGAAUUCCAGCUCAAUGUGUAUCGCCACGGUGAUGGGGUUAAUGGGUGUGCGUCUGCGGCUCAGACUGGAUGGCAGUGACAGCACCAAUGACUUCUGGCGACUGAUUGACUCCUCUGACAUUCAACCUAUCGGCACGUGUGAGAAGAGUGGAGACAUGUUGCAGCCACCACUGGGGUUCAGAAUGAAUGCCUCUUCAUGGCCCAUGUUCCUAUUAAAAACAUUAAGUGGGGCAGAGAUGGCUCCAGCUUCAGCCUUUAAAAAGGAGCCGCCCAAACCUAUUCAGAGCUGCUUUAAACCUGGUAUGAAACUGGAAGCAGUGGACCGAAAGAAUCCCUACCUCAUCUGUCCUGCCACCAUUGGAGAGGUGAGAGGGGACAAGAUAUUCAUCAUGUUUGAUGGCUGGAGAGGAGCGUUCGAUUACUGGUGUCAAUAUGACUCCAGGGACAUCUUCCCCGUGGGCUGGUGUCAACUGACCAACCACAGUCUGCAACCUCCCGGCAACUGCUUCACUUUCCCAAAGACUGUUAUUCCGGCACUGGGCCAGUCCAGUCAGUUUUGGCGCCCCAUGCAGUCCCCGUAUCGCCUGCCGCACCCCCUGCCCCCUCUGCCAGUGCGCAAGGGGGUACGAGGUAGGAGACCCAAGAGCCAGACCAUCGCCAUGCUAAAAGCAGCAGCCGAGGCAGCAGCAGCAGCUGCAGCCGGCACGUCACCGAAUGGCCAAACGCAGUCCAAUGCAGCCAAGAGUCCCAUGAGCUCACCACUCACACCCAAACCAUAUAAAAAGAGAGGACCCAAACCCGGCAGCAAGAGGAAACAAAAGGUUCCUCAUUCACUUUUAAGCCCCACGUUGUCGUCCUCGGUGUCAGACGGGAGACUGUCUAGUCUGCAGACAACAAGAGACUCAGGAGUUGUGUCUACAGUUUGUGUGUAUGUGAACAAACAUGGAGACCCAGGGCCGCACCUGGACCGUAAACUGUUGUUGCAACUGCCUGAUCAUUUCGGGCCGGGUCCCGUGAACACGGUUCUCCAGCAUGCGGUCCAAGCCUGCGUGGACUGUGCGUUUCACCCCAAAGCUCUGUUCAGCUUCCUGCAGUCUCAGUCUGAUGGCGGGGAAAUCAUCAGAGUUCGCUCUGAAGGAGGAAUCCACUACGUCAAGCUCCCCACUGCCUCCAGUGCAUCGUUCGUUCUGCGCUUUCUAGAAACUCUGUGUCACCACCUGCAUUGUGAUAACCUGUUCAGCAGCCAGCCGUUCAGUCCACUAAUUACUAACACACACACGCCGUACGAAAGGAGCAAAUCAGUGAAAGAGGAGACGUCAGAGGCUUUGUCUGUAGCACGAGGUACGAGACGUUUCAACAGAGAAUCCACUACCUACACCGCUGCCCUGUCACCGAAACUACAGAGAACAGAAGCUUUGCCCUCAGACGAAACCAUCACCCAUGCUGAAAAUGGUGCCACCACAGACCAGCAGUUCUCAGUAGAGUCAAUAGACUCAGCCUCCAAUUCCGUUGCCCCCCGGCCCCCCGCACUACGGAGCACAUCUGAGUAUCACACCCCGACCAGAAGCAGCCCGCACUACCCCUCUCACCCCCCACCCCUCCGCAGGCUCUCCUCCAACCCCUCUGAGCUGGGACCUGCACGCACAAACAGACGAGUGGAAGCUGCUAGCUCAACCACUGGGCCUGAUCAUCAAACAGCAGAGAAGGAUCCGACCAAAACGUCUAGUAAGAGUCCGUCAUCCUGGAGUAUAGAGGAAGUGAUGCAAUUUGUGCGCGAUGCUGAUCCACAAGCACUGGGCCCACACGCAGAGCUCUUCAGGAAACACGAGAUUGAUGGCAAGGCAUUGAUGCUUUUACGGAGUGACAUGAUCAUGAAGUACAUGGGGCUGAAGCUGGGUCCUGCACUUAAACUUUGCCAUCACAUUGAGAGACUCAAACAGACAAAAUAGUAGCUGGAAUCUUCUGAGCAAAAACAGAGGAUCCACCAGAGGGCAACAGAGGAAAGCGCAGGUUCACUCGAUUUCAGAGUCGACAUCACAAACUUCACUCAAGAUAAAUGGAUAUUUAUUACCCGUGACAUUGAUGGUCAAAGGUCCAACAUGCUGACAUACUUCACCUGUACUCCAUUCCCGCUUGUUUAAACGGUGGGGAAAACUGAUCAGCCAAAUAUUUUUGUUUUUGUGACAAAAACAAAUGCAAAAAUUAACAUCACCAGACUGACUUUUCAAAACUACCUAACUUUGCAUGGACAUUGUGUACAACUACUAUGUACAAGAAUGUUCACUGGCUCUCAUCUAGAAACUAAUUCAGUGUAAAACUGCAGCUACAGACCUCAGUACCUCAGCGAUACAAUGCUCUGCAUAUACAGACAAUGGUAGAGAAAGCUGAAUCCCAAAGGAUUUCAUUGUGUUAUGUAUUGUUUCUGGUACCGUCUACAUGCACAGACAGCUUGACAAAUGUUCACUUCCACUGUAUUUUACUCUCCGUUUAAGUCUGAUGAAGAUCCAUUUGAAAUACACUUUGGACAUUGUCUAUGAAGGGUUUUGGUGCCGGUUAAUUAUAUUUCACCAUUUGGCAUAGUGUUUAAUUAAUUAAUUAUUUUCAGUUUUAUUUUUUUCCUGUGACAU